AUGAAGCUGACGCUGGUGCAGCUCUUUUUCAUGCUGCUGCUGGUGCUGCUGGGUCUUGGGAUGGGCCUGGGCCUGGGCCUUCACAUGGCAGCAGCUGUCCUGGAGGACAGUGAUCAGGCACUGAAUGAGUUUUGGUCCAGUGACUCCCAGGACAAGGUUGAGGCCACGAAGGAGGGAAAAGGCACCCGGUCUGCAGAGACUCUGGUGCUUAGUCACAAAGCGGUGGUGCUGCCCAGCUGGCCGGAAGAGGACACCCUCAGUGAAGAUGAGGUCAGAGGAAACAAGAUGCUCAGAGCUGAGCCUUUCUUUGACAGCAGCAAAGACUAUCUGAGGCACGGCUGGAUGGCCAGGGAAUGCAAUGCCAUGAUGGAGCACAAGAUGACGGAGCACAACCGCACAUGUGUGCCCCACUAUACAUUCAUCCACGAGGACGUGGAGACCGUCAAAUCUGUCUGCAACAGUCCUGCUGUUGCCUGCGAGCUCAAGGGAGCCAAAUGUCACAAGAGCUCCCGUCCUUUUGAUCUGACAUUCUGCAAGUUGUCCAAGCCAGGCCAAGUGACCCCUCACUGCAAUUACCUGACUUUCAUCUUUGAAAAGUUCAUUGUCCUGUCCUGUAAUGACACGAAGUCCAGUUAA